AUGGAGAGAUUUCAGUCAAAUCCGGGAAUGCAACACCGGAUAGCUGGAAAGAAGAUUAUGAGACACACAAAGAAUUUAGGGCUUGUUGGUUAUAUUGAUGCUAAUCUUGAAAAGACAGAGGAUGAUCACAUCUCUACUUCAGGUUUUCUUUUGAAGAUGGCAGGAGCAGCUGUUGCUUGGAAGAGUGCUAAACAAUCUGGUGUUUCGAGUUUAACCAUGUUUUCAGAAUACAUAGCUUGCUAUGAAGCCACUUCUCAUGUAGUAUGGCUAAGGAAUUUUAUUAAAGACAUUAAGGUGGUGGACUCGAUUUCUAGACCAAGACAGAUAUAUAAUGACAACAUUGCGACUGUUUUUCACUACAUGAACAACAAUAUGUCGUUUGGACUUCAGCAUAUUGACAUAAAAUAUUUAAUAGUGAGGGAGAAGGUAGCGGACAAACUAGUCAGGUUUGAUCAUAUUAGAACUCAAGAUAUGAUUGCAGAUCCGUUCACAAAGUUUUUGCCCUCAAAAGCUUUUCUGAGACAUAUUGAGAGUAUGUGA